AGCUGCAGACGAUUUAUUUGUUUACAUGUGGAGUCGGCACGGGGAGGCAGUGAGUGUUGGUGGGGUGUUGAAAAGUCGUCUGUUCGCUGUAUAUUCGAUAUGUUCGCCUUAAGUAGAGGUGCAAACAGACUCGUGAAGGGGUGUAGGACACGAGGAAAGCAGUUUAAUCUCCGGUCGUGGCGUUGUUUAUGGCCCGAGACGAGGAAAUGUUUGUCUACCAGCGGGUCCAAAUUAUCUGACUGGGAAGAUAAACCCGGAGAUGGUUCAUACCGUUCACACGAGGAUAACCCAGUGAGAAGGACGUUUAACAUUCUGAGUGAUGAUGUCAAAGGUUAUUUGGGCCUUAGAGGGAAACCUCAGUCAUCGGAUCCUUCCGAUGUGCCGAAGAACACCGAAGAAAAAAAUCAGAGGUCGAAAGAUGCUGAAAAAGUCUGGCCAUCAUUUUGCGAUGUAUUGGUGAUUGGAGGAGGGGCGGUCGGGUCGUCUGUUGCAUAUCACUUGAAGGAAAGAGCUCUAAGAGGGUUAAAUGUGGUUGUUGUCGAGGAAGAUUCUACGUACAAAAGGGCCUCAACAGUGUUAUCAGUGGGUGGCAUUCGUCAACAGUUCAGUGUCCCAGAGAACAUACAACUUUCACUCUAUGGCAUGGACUUCUUGCGGAGGUCACCUGAACUCCUUGCUGUGGAAGGGAUGGAACCUCCUGAUGUACAGUUCAACCCAAGUGGCUAUCUUACUCUGGCUUCUGAAGCGGGUGUUGAGCAGUUGAAAGAAAACUUUAAAGUACAGAUUGAAAUGGGUGCUAAAGUGGAUUUUUUAUCAGCACUGCAGUUAAAAAGAAGAUUUCCAUGGCUAAAUACUGAUGGAGUGGAGGCAGGUGUUAUAGGCCUUGAGAAUGAAGGAUGGUUUGACCCAUGGAAUUUCUUGUUCAGUCUAAGAAGAAAGGCAGUGUCUUUGGGAGCUGAAUAUGUCAAUGGGAAAGUAACAGGAUUGGAACACCAUAGCUUAGAUGACAUGGUCACAGAAGUAACUGGAUCAUCAGUAUUACAAAAUCUCAACUGUGCAGAGAUUACUCUCCCAGAUGGUGAAAAACGAAACAUCAGGUUUUCAAUAUGCGUGGUGGCCGCUGGAGCAUGGUCAGGUGAAGUUGGCCGAUUGGUUGGCAUUGGAAAAGGAACAGGAAUCAUGGGUGUCCCAAUACCUGUUGAACCUAGAAAGCGUUAUGUGUACUGUGUGCAUGCUCCAGAUGGUCCAGGGUUAGACAGCCCACUGCUUAUUGACCCAAAUGGAACAUACUUCCGAAGAGAAGGGUUGGGAGGAUUAUACCUUUGUGGACAGUCACCCACUGAUGAACAUGAACCCUCUAUCGAGAACUUGGAUGUAGAUUAUGAAUUUUUUGAAUCAAAUGUUUGGCCAACUAUUGCUAACAGAGUUCCUGCAUUUGAAAACUUAAAGUUACAAAGUUCUUGGGCAGGAUACUAUGACUACAACAGCUUUGAUCAGAAUGGUAUAAUUGGACUCCACCCAAUCUUUACAAACAUGUUCAUUGCUACUGGAUUUAGUGGACAUGGUAUACAGCAAGCUGCAGGUGUUGGUCGAGCAGUGAUGGAAAGUAUCCUACAUGGGGAGUACCAUACUAUUAACUUGGAGAGGUUUGGGUUUGAGCGAGUCCUAACCAAUGAGCCCCUUUAUGAGCAAAAUAUUGUUUGACACUACGAUAACCAUAGGGAUAUUAGGAGAACGAAAGCUAUUGGCUGAUUUUUGUAAAGCUAACAUGGGUGAAAAUAUGUCUCAGAGAAUUUUGUUGAAAGAGGUCAAUGUUAAAUAUGAUGAAAACUGCCAAUUUAUGCAAUUGUAAGGUUUUCAUAAAAUGCAUUAGUAUAUGAAAUUGUACAAAAUGCUGUAUCAUGUGUACUGUACAUAUUUGUAGUUGAAAUUAGGAUGCAGAGAAAUGGAAAAAAUAUUUUUUUUUUUUUUUUUUUUUCUUUUUUUUUUUGCUUAUUAUGAAUGUUUUAAAACUUUCAGUAACAAACACAGCAUAUGGCAUUUGUUAAAAGUUAAUGUUAUCAUAUUGCUGUUUUUUUUAAGUAUAGUUCCAGUAUUUUAUAAAUAUUGCCACUUCAGGCUCCCUUACUUUUUUAUAUAACUGGUAAUAUAUUUGUCUGUAAAUCUGUAUAAUUGUUAAUAAAGUUGUUAAGUUCUUUAUAUUAAAAUUAUUUUAAUAAAUAUUUUUCUUUUCCCUUUGUA